AUGCGAAAGACUGAAAACAGUACCACAUGGAUAACUCAAAAUCUAACGAAAUUUGACCAUCCGUUACUUGAUAAUAUAAGGAAAGAUAAGCAUACAUUCUGUAAUGGCAGAUUUAUUUCUCAUAAUGGAUAUUUCGCAGUACUAACACAUGUUGUCAUUGAUAAAAAUCAAAGUACCUCUCAGAGACGAGGCGGUGAAAACGUAAGUGAGGUUCUAAAUCGGAACAAGGAAAACGAAUUUAUUAAAACAACAUACGGAUUUUUCAAAGUGUUUUGCGAAUCUAAACCAGUGAAGACAUUUUCCCCUAGUAGUGGUCAUUUAAAAGAGUGGGAAGAAUCCUUAGAAUUUUUAGAAUUAAGCAGUGAUAUACCUUCGGUGAGGACAGAGGACAUGGUAACAUUUGCUAUAGUACGUUAUGAUUAUGCUAAUUUGUACUGGGUCAUGGUAGACUUGUACGAUAUAUACUUUCUGACCACAUUUUUGGGUUUAAAUCCAAAUAACAUUCAUAUUCUGAUUGUGGAUGCCCAUCCAGUGUCCAUACCGGAUGAUAUAUGGUGGAUACUGUUUCCAAAAGUAACAAGAAUUGGGCAGGCCAGUAACACAGUUAUGUUUAAAACUCUGGUUUGGGGACUACACAGAGGAAAUAGUCCUCUGUUAAAGAAUGGCGAUUUCAAUAUGUUUCCGCUCUUAGAAGAAUUCAAACAUUUUGUAUUAUCAAAGACAGAUCCGCUGCAAAAUCUGUCAGAUAUUAAUUGUAAUAACGUAACGGUAACAAUAGUUCUUAGAAGGAAUUAUGUUGCUCAUGCAAGAAAUCCAUCAGGAAGAGUUGGUCGCAAAAUAUUCAAUGAACAAGAAUUGUUGAAAAAUGUUUCCAAGGCUUUGAAAGGUCACACUGUAACAGGAAUUCAGCUAGAUCUACUUCCAAUUGACAAACAGAUUCGAUUAGCAUCACGCACAGAUAUUCUUGUUGGCAUGCAUGGAGCAGGACUGUCGCACGUGUUGUUUGUACCCAUCCAUGCUUGUUUGAUAGAACUUUUUCCAAUUACUCAUUCAACACUUAGUCACUUUGAAUUCAUAGCCAGGUGGAGAAAAAUAAAAUACGCCAAAUGGCAAAAUAAAGAUAAAAGUAUGGAAAUAGAUCAAGACACAACAAAGGUUGAUACAGAGAAGGUUGCUGCUUUGGUACUUAACGCAUAUCACCAAAUGUGUCCAUGA